AUGCGCACGAUCCGCGCGCUCACGAUCCGCGCCGACGCCGCGUCGACGAACGACGCCCAGCGACCGACGCGCGCAAAUCCCUCGCUCAAGGGGCGCCGCGCCGCGCUGCGUUCGAUCGCCGCGCCGCUCGUCCUCGGUUCGGUGUUCAACUUUGAGGGCGAGAAACCUCAAAACUUGGGCGUGCAAUCGUUCAACGGCGAGACGAUCGGCCUCGCGCUGUGCCCAUCGACGCCGAAUUGCGUCGGGACCGCCGAUGAGUUCAGCGACGCGCAGCACUACGUCCCGGCGUGGACGUACGUGGACGAGGAAAAGGUCGCGAGAGGCGCGGCGCGGACGACGCGCGAGGACGCAAUGGCGCAAUUAAUCGACGUCGUGGAGACGACGGAUUGCGAUGGAUUCGCGGCGACGAUCGUGGAUAAACGUGAAGAUUACUUGAGGGUGGAGUACAAGUCGAAGAUUUUCGGUUUCGUCGAUGACGUCGAGUUUUGGUUUCCGCAAGACCAGUCAGCCAAGGAAAAGGCGCGCGUGGAGUACCGCUCGGCGAGUCGACUGGGGCAGAGCGACGGCGACGUCAACCGUAAGCGCAUUCGCGCGCUUCGCUUAGCGCUGACGCAAAAGUACGGAUGGAAAUCCGUCGGGUUCAGUUGA